CGCGAUUUCUGUCAGUCGAGUGGGAGAAGUGCAUUGUGAUUGUUGUGUUUCUACUUCAGCGCACCGUGUCAUCAAUUUUUCUGCUAGCGAUAGUAAAAAUUUUUCAUGGUUAAGAUAUAUACAUAAACACUAAGUCGCUGGUGAUUCAUAUUUGCUGCUGAUUUUCGCUGUCUCUCUGUUGGGAGCACGAUCCAAAAAUCGGGUGUGAAGUUCUGCGGAAGACAUAGGUGUUGGAGACGAGGUCAACAAGUAGACCAAGGCCACUUGGACAGGCCGUGAUCCACGAUGGUGUUCGAGAGCAUCGUCGCCGAUGUCCUUAACCGUUUCGUUGGUGAAUAUGUUGAAAAUUUGGACAAGAAGCAGCUAAAAAUUGGUAUAUGGGGAGGUGAUGUUGUGCUUAACAAUCUGAUACUUAAACAGAGUGCACUCAAAGAACUUGACCUUCCGGUGUCCACCCUCUAUGGACACCUAGGUAAGUUGGUGCUCAAAAUACCAUGGAAGAAUCUGUACAGUGCUCCAGUUGAGGCUAUCAUCGAUAAACUGUACAUCCUUGCGGUUCCAAAUACGGACAUCCGGUACAACGCCGAGAAGGAUGAAAGAAAUGCGUUCGAAACGAAAAAGGCCGAGCUGGCUAGAAUUGAGGCGGCCAAAAAGAGCGAAGAAGAAAAAGAUAAACCGGUGGCAGAUAAAACUUUCACGGAAAAACUGACCACCCAGAUUGUGAACAAUGUUCAGAUCAAGAUAUCCGAUAUACACAUCCGUUACGAGGAUACGGCUACAACAGGUAAUCCUUUCGCUUUCGGGGUAACAUUGAGCAAUCUGAGUGUGCACACUACCGAUAAGAACUGGGUGAAAACUCUUGUAUCCGAAUCGGUGACCAAAAUAUACAAACUGGCCCAGUUAGAAAUGUUAUCGGUGUACAUGAACUGCAACACUCAGCUGUUCCAGGACCAGGACCCAUCAAUGUACAAGAUGCUGUUCCAGGAAACGAUUGCUUCCAAAGAACAUCGACCGGAAGGCUACCAUUACAUUUUUGGUCCCAUCAGUUCUGGAGCACGCUUGGAAAUGGUACCAAAUCCAGAAUCGCAGGAACGACCAUUCACUUCACCAAAGAUAAAGUUGAACUUGGGUAUGGAAACUCUAGCGAUUGGUGUAACCAAGGUUCAGUUCCAAAAUACCAUGCAGCUAGUAGAAGCUUUCGGUAGAAUGAUGCGUGCCGCUCCCUAUAAAAAGUACCGACCAUUUGGGAUCACCUACAAGAAUCAUUACAAAGAAUGGUGGCACUUUUCAUACACGUGCAUACUGGAAACGGAAGUUAAACGACGCCGGCGAAACUGGGCCUGGGACAACAUGUUACAGCAUCGAAUGAAUCUGAGGAAAUACGAAGAAGCUUACAAAGCGCAGCUAACGGCUAAGAAACUUACGCCGGACAUCAUAGCUCGGUGUGAAGAGCUAGAAAAGAUUUUAGAUCUGCACAAUCUGAUCGUCCUGCGCCAGAAAGUCGAGCUUGAAGUUCAAAAGGAAGGUAAACGACAGCAAGAAGAGCAACAGAAAGCCGGCUGGUUCAGCUCCUGGUGGGGAGGAGGAGCCAAAAAGGAGGACGCGAAUAAUACUACUGAUAUAAAGAAACAAUUCGAAGCUGCAAUGACCACUGAAGAGAAGGCUAAAUUGUUCAAAGCUAUUGGCUAUCAGGAGAACGAUUCACCUCUGGAACUACCCGAGUACUAUGUGGCGCAGGUGUUACAGUUUGAGCUUCAAUCGCUAGAAGUUUCUAUCAAAUCGGAAGUAGCUUCCGAAUUAUCAGAGCACUUCAGCCGUUCAAGUGGACUUCUAGAACGAGUCAUGCUUCUGGAACUGAAAAAUGUCAAAUGUGGUGUCCAGCAGCGACCUUCUGCAGGGGCAUUGAAGGCAUCGCUCAAAAUGCAGGAACUGACAAUCUCCGGUUUACGACAAGGUGAAGUGUUGCCGAUCAUGGUGAAAUCGCAACUCGAAGAAUCUAGCACUCUACUGGACGUUUCCUUCGAAACAAACCCAGAGGACAAACAGUGUGACCAACGUGUGGUCGUAACAUCGCAACCCCUGCAAAUUAUUUACGAUGCCGAAACAAUAAUCCAGCUGACAAAGGUCUUCAAAAUGCCCAGAUCGGCAACGAUUUCGCAACUUACGGACGCGGCGGCCGAAAAGUUGGUUAACAUUAAGGAACGAUCGGCGACCGGAUUACAGUACGCCAUAACAAAACAUCCUCGUUUGGAACUGAAUGUUGACAUCAGCCCAAGUUACAUUAUUGUACCCCAUGGCGGUCUGUAUUGCAGUCGUGAAUCCGUUAUGGUAGUGAGCCUGGGUAAGCUGUCAGUUCAAACAGAACCCCGGCCCCUACACCUUAGAGAUGUCCACACGAUGCACGAACAAGGUGUACAUCAGGAAGAAAUUCUGAAGGAAAUCAUUCGACAAAGCUACGAUAAAUUCAUCCUAGAAAUUAGUGACGUUCAAGCGAUCGUGGCAACGCUCGACGAAGACUGGCAAAGUCCACUCAAACAGAGAGCAGUCACCGAAAUGCAUCUGCUCGAACCGACUUCGUUUCGAAUAUCCGCUCAUCUGUGCGUGAUUGACGACGAUCCGCGGUUAGCUAAAUGCAAGGUAUUUGGGGAACUUCCUUCGGUCACCCUAUGCGUAACUGAACAAAGAGUAUUGGAAGCGCUAUCGAUCGUUUCAAGCCUUCCAUUACCGGACUCAGACGAAGAUGUGCAGCCGGCACCGAUCAGCAAAGAUACAAAUGUGUUCGGAUCGAGUUUAUCGUUGCUAAAGUACCUCGAUGAACAGCAGCAAAAAUUGACCAAAAUCCAACGACCUGUGGAGAAUUUGAAUACCUCUGACAUGGUCGAUGGCGAAGUUGUUCAGUUCACUGACCUUGAAGUUCGAUUUGUGCUUAAUGAACUAUCGUUGACAAUAUUCAAAAUAAGUGCAACAGGAAAUAGUUCUUCUGAUGAGUUCGCAACUCCAACGGAGGAGUUCGAUCAGCUGACGUUGGAACAACAACUGCUACAACCCCGCAAGAGUGUUGUAUUCAAUGUUCCAUUCUCGAGUGCCGAUUCGCGUAAAAUUAUGUCUUUCAAAGUAAAACAGCUUGAGAUGGAUAUGGUCCAACGAACGUACGAUCUGAAGGUUAAUCUAAAACUGGGGGCCAUUACGAUGGAUCAGUUCCGCGUUCGAAAUGAGCAAGAGAAAAUCCUCCACGUUAUUCAAACUCCUAAAUAUGGCGAUAACGAUGACUAUUUAUUCACCGUUCAAUAUACUAAUUGUAAGAAAAACAGCCCAGAGUUUGUAACGAAAUACGAAUCCGUAGAGCAGGAAGUUGGAAUCAACUUUUCCACGUGGGUUUUAUUGUUGCAUGAAGAAGCGUUGAACGAGCUUAUCAGGCUCGCCAACGAUUUCCAAACUCGCAUGGAAGCCGUGCUGGAGGUGAAGAAGGAAAAACUACUGAACCAAUACCCGAUGCAGGAUCGCGUUGCCUCGACGCAUACCGAAGAAAGUGCUGCUGCUGCGCUGUUCAGUGCAGCGAAGGAGAAACUGCCAACCAUUUUGGAAGACGAAGACGCAACGACGAACACCGUGGCUUCAAAGGGCCCUAAUCGAAAACGAAAAUCAAUUGUAGACAGCAUUAAGAUCAAAGUUGUGGCCAAAAUGGAAGAUGUGGCGGUGGAACUGCAGAACGAUAAACGAUCAAUCGCUGUGCUGGAGGUUCAAAACCUCACCUGUAGUGCGAUUAUGAAAACUUCAUACACGGAAAUUAGCAUCCAUCUCCAGGAUAUCAUUCUUACGGAUAUGAAUCCAGCAUCAAUUCAUACCAAGAUUCUAUCGAUCAUCGGGCAUAAUGCGCUUAAAGUGGAAGUUAUCCUGUUCAACUUGGAAGCUACUUCUGACUACAACUCGGAUGACAUGCGUAUCGCGGUGGAAAUGGGCUGCGCGCGAAUAGUUUUCCUCAAUUGGUUUGUAACGUCGGUGUUAGCAUUCUUGGACAACUUCCAAGCGGCGCAGCAGCGCAUUAAAGAUGCAAGUGUGGCCGCGGCCGAAGCUGCCAAGCAAAAUGUGGUCGAUGCUUAUACCAAAGCUACUCGUAUGAAGCUGGAUGUUAAAAUUAAAGCACCUAUCAUAGUGAUUCCGGUGGAUUCGAAAAGUCUCAAAGCGGUUGCAAUGGAUUUUGGUCAUCUCAGUAUUACCAACAAUUUCCGGGAUAUUGCCACGGAAAGCCAGCAUGGUAUGGCAGUCAUUGACGAAAUGAAGAUUGAACUGAAGGACAUGAAACUUUCCAAGGUGAACGUGUGCAUGUCCUCGCUGAGUCAAACGUCGCAGGUUUCAUCGCAAGUUUCAUCCCGUUACGGAUCCGACGAGCUGGUUUACGGUAUCGUUUCUGAUCAAUCAUCUGUGUUGAGUCCGACCAGUUUUACUCUCGUUAUAAAACGAAACCUCUCAUCCGGUUGGUACAGAGAAAGGCCUGAUUUGGAUAUAUCAGGAAGGUUGAAGGCAGUUGAGCUUAAUUUUAUUGCAACAGAUUACAGUAUCAUAAUGCAAAUUCUAUCCAAAAACAUGACCGAAGGACAAGACGAGUUCAAGAAACCAGUAAUUAAGGUCGAAAAAUCACCCACUAGCCCACUGAUCGUUACUCCCGUUACAUCUGCCGCUGGUAAUCUCGCUCUCGAUGGUAAAACGAACUGGUCCGCAGUUGCUAAGAAGGCCACUGCGAAGCCUUUUGGAAUCGAUGUGGUCCAGUUGAAAGCGGCCA